GUGGCUCAUUACAUUAUCUGGCAACCGGAGUGGCAGCGGACAGAAGAGAGGGGAUCCCCUGGAUAUUUUCAGCGAUUUACGGGUGUAGCUAGGUUAAAUAAAACAUCAAAACAAUUGAAAAACUUGGUGAACUCGUCCAGGCUGCUCCUGUACUGCGCAAAAGCGUGGCUUGCACUUCCUGGGCUUACUGCUGAUGUCGUUGUCACGUUGCUGAGGGAGAAUCCAGAGAGAGAGCAGCCAUGUCGGAGGAGGCAGUGCGUCAGACGCGCAGCCAGAAGCGGGCCCUGGAGAGGGACCAUGCAGCCCCUGCUGGGUCCCCGGGGGACAUGGACAGUAAAAGGGUGAAGCUGGACAAGAGUGACACAGCCGGAGGUCCACUAGCCCUGGUGGGAUCUGCAGCUGAGGGUGUGAAAGUGAAGAGUGAGCAGGUUGCCAAAGUGGCAGCAAGCAUCCUUAAGGCUGGGGAAGUGAAGGCCACCAUCAAGGUGGAGGUGCAGACCGGGGACGAGCCCGUUGACAUGAGCACAUCCAAGAGUGAUAUUAAGAGAGAGCGCCAGCCCCCAUCGCCAGAUGAUGUGAUUGUGCUAUCAGACAAUGAGCCAUCCAGUCCUCUCAUGAACGGCCACUGCUUCACAAAGUCUGACACAGAUAAACUCAUGAAGAGUAGCCCUGAGGAGAGGGAGCGCAUUAUCAAACAGCUGAAGGAGGAGCUCAGGCUCCAAGAAGCCAAGCUGGUACUGCUGAAGAAGCUGCGACAGAGCCAAAUCCAGAAGGAGAGCACUGUACAGAAGUCAACUGGCUCCGUAGCCACGCCCCCUCCUUUGGUGAGAGGAAACAUCACAUCAGGAAAAGGACCCCUCCAGGUUCCGGGCCGCAGCUCAGGCACGGUGAUCCCUCCUCCAUUGGUGCGGGGUGGGCAACAUGUCCCGUCCAAACACAACUCUCAGAGCGUCAUGCCACCCCUGGUCAGAGGAGCCCAGCCUAUUGCAGUGACUCCUCAGCAGAUAGCCAGUCUGCGUCAGCAGCAGCAGCAGCACAGCAGUUCAGGCCCCCCUCCACUGCUGCUGGCUCCCAGGGCCUCAGUGCCCAACGUCCAGGUGCAGGGCCAGAGGAUCAUCCAGCAGGGACUCAUCCGGGUAGCCAAUGUGGCCAACAGCAACAUCAUGGUCAACAUCCCUCAGGCCUCUCCAACCAGCCUCAAGGGCUCUUCAGUGUCAUCCAACUCCAGCAUCAAUGAGUCGCCUGCCAGUCGGCAGGCAGCUGCUAAGCUUGCACUGCGUAAGCAGCUGGAGAAGACCCUUUUGGAGAUCCCUCCACCCAAACCACCUGCCCCCGAGUUCAACUUCCUGCCCUCAGCAGCCAAUAAUGAGUUCAUCUACUUAUUGGGACUGGAGGAGGUUGUGCAAAAACUUCUAGAGAUGCACGGCAGAGGUAAUCUGGGCCCAGCUUUAGCAAUGGCCAACUCCAUUCCCAAAGAGCCGUACACCUGUGCCCAGUGUAAGACGGACUUUACCUCCCGCUGGCGACAGGAGAAGGCUGGGACCAUCCUCUGUGACCAAUGCAUGUCAUCCAAUCAGAAGAAGGCCCUGAAGGCUGAACACACAAAUAGGCUCAAGGCAGCAUUUGUUAAAGCGCUCCAACAGGAGCAGGAGAUUGAACAGCGUAUCAUACAGCAGGCUGCCUCCUCAUCUUCCUCUGCCUCCCCUGUCUCCAAAACCACCUCCUCCUCACCCUCACUGUCCAAAAGUGAGCACGUGCUGGUGUCCCAGCAGUUCAAGCAGGUCAGGGCUGUCAUGCAGCAGCAUCAGCACAGAGGGACAGCGGUGGCUCACCACCACUCCACCAUCAAGCAGAGUCAGCUGUCACGUAGCGUCCAGUCUGCAGUCAGCUCUCGGGGUGUGGCCCACUCCUUCUCCUCCUCCUCUCAGCUGCAGAGCGCAGUGACAGCAGCCGCGCUGGUCAGCAGGCCAGGUAAGCACGCUGCAGCACGUCCGCUGCAGCAGGGGGCAAAGGUCAGCGCCACCGCCAGCAGCAGCAGUAACCAGGGCAACGUGGCUGCCUGGAGGAAGCAGAGCGGUGGGCACACAGGUGUGACUAUGGCCUAUGUAAACCCCAGUCUGUCUGCUCAUAAGACCACCUCUGCUGUUGAGCGUCAGCGAGAGUACCUGCUGGACAUGAUUCCUUCCCGUUCCAUCUCCCAGACAGCCAACACGUGGAAAUAAUACAACCUUAUCCCCUAGUCCCACCAUAACCAUAACCAUCACCCCUCUCAUUAUUAAUAUCAAUAAUAGUCAUUGUCAUUAUCAAUCUAACAAUAGACUCUGCCUCCUGCCAAAAUGAUAUUGGGGAGAAUCUACUUUUUGACCAAUGUUUGGGAGGGGAGAGAAAAUAAGCCUCUCUACCUAUUCCAUCGCUCUUUCUGCCACCAUCUUCCUUUCCUCGUCUGAGCCCUUCAUCCCAGUUUGGAGUUUUCUGGAUACAAGGUGUAUGUCCUGUAGAAUGUGGGCAGUUUGGGGGGUUCGGGUCGACAUGGACAUACACAUUUUAAAACUUCUCCAGUGACAUUGCCGCUCCCUUUCAGUAUGUCAGUUGAGCUUCAUGUUUGCACCGAAAGGGAGAUGUCACAGAGUCACUGAGCUUCCCCUGCCUCUGGUUUAGGCACGGAGAAAAAGUCAUAGAAAGUCAAAUCAUACAUGGUAAAAGAUUCGCCUUACUUCAUACCCCUCUCCAGUCUGAGAAAGUCAGACUCAGGCCCAUGGGGUGGCAGAGCCGAACUUAACUGAAGACCUCAUUGCAGGGAUUGUGGUUGAGCUUCGCGGACCAUCCACGAAAUACAAAGAACUGCUUCAGCUUUGCAAAAAUGAUAAUUAAAUAAGAACUGUAAAAAUGAUCUCUAUCCGCACACAGACUGCCUCUUCUCGCUAACCUAUAGCGUGUAUAGUAGAGAAGUGGAUGUAGUGUGUUGGAUUAUUUUGUAUGGCUGAAUGUUAGGAUUUUGUCUUCUUUCUUCUGUAAGUCAUAUACUGUGUUUGAGAUAUUGUGCUCCCUGAUAUUUUGGAAGUGGCCUCUUGUUGAGGCCUAAAUUUACAGGCUAAUGUUACUGUUGAGGUGGUUUUACAUCUGCUGGGUUCCGUGUUGUGGCCUACUUUUAAAGACUUUGUUUUUUCUAAGAUGAAGAGGAAAAAACAGAUUAAGGUUUCACUGACUAAUGUAAAAACAUGGACCAUAUGUUUGGAGGACUAUUCUUCUUGAAUAUUGUAAAAAACCUUCCAAAGAACUAGUGGAGCCCAAAUGGAAUCCCUUCUGCUAGAAGGUUUCUAGUUUAUUUGAACCCUCUCUGGAUAUAAAGAUGAAUUCAUGCUAAGCAGAGGGGGUGUAAGGAAUGUCAUAUUUUAUGACAUUGUUUUGCUUUUAGUCAUAGGUUGUGGUGCAUUAUUUUCCUUCUAUAGACAAACUCUGUCUCUGGGUUUAUUUAUAGGGUCAUGUUAGUUAAGAUAUAUGCUUAUGCCCUAAGUUUGAAUGAACCUCCACUUAAGAUGAUUUGUUUUUUUCUUGUGUCCAAUGGCUCCUACACACCCUUUAAUUGGUCUAACAGAAGCUGGACAGCUUUCAGAAUGUAGUUAUGCAAAAACCCCUAUAGCAACACAUUACAUGAAUUUCUUAGUCUUUCUUUUACAUUGGAGUGUGUAUGUGUUAUGUCAGGUCAUUGAAAUGAGGUAUAUAUGCCUUUCAUGUGAGCUGUAGUGCAUUUUUUUUUUUUUAUCAGGUUGCAGCAGCACAGGAUAAGCUAGUGGUGAAAUCCAAUAUGUCCUUUAUGAAACAGUGACAUGCCCCAUCCUUAUUUAAUAACUCAGUACUGUACCAGUUUCACUCUGUAUUGACAUUAUCCACAUAUUUCUCUGACCUAGUAGAAAUUAAGUAAGCAAAUUGGAACUUGAUGAAAUGUUAAUGUACUGAAUAUAAUAAAUUAAGUCCUUAAACUUGUUCGUACACUGAUGAAGCUAGCAGUAUGCAUAAUAAUGCAGACUUCCCAUAUAAAACCAGUUGUACUAACCCAGGAUGUGUGCACUCUUCCAGAGCCUACUGGUACAUGGGCAAUGUCAGUCGUCCAUCAAUAAUUUCUCAUUAAAACCUAUCCAUUUUUCAUCUGUUUACCUUCAAGCAGUAUUGUUGAUUAUCAUGCACAGUUUGUAACCAGAAACUGCUUCCUUGUUGCCCCACUCUUGAUUUCAUAAUACAUCCAUUAUGUGAUAAUCUAAACAGAUGCAAUCUUAGAAAGAUUAAAGACCUUGCUGGACUGUAGUGCGCUCUUUACACCAGAGCUCACAGAGUGCGGUCAGGCUCUAGGCUAAAAAUAGUGCACUGCAUUACAUGAUUGGGUGCCAUUUGAGGUCAAGCCCUCUCAUUUUUCCAGAUCCUGGGAUGUAUAGCAAUAUACCUGGGUUGCAUUCAGGAUGGCCCAACAUUUGUACACUGCAGAUGGAGAUACAAGACUAUAAACAAAGAUAAAACUAAUUUAAAUUCAUUGUUAUGUAUUUCUCUCUAAAAGUAGCGUCGGAAAUAUUCCAGGUUGUGUGUACAUUCCAGGCAGGCUGAAAAGUAGCAACCUGUGUCUUGUGGAUGCAAUAUAAGCAACCUGGAAUGAGCCCCCACCCUCCCCAUGUUGGGCCCUGCUCAGUGUAACCGUGUGCUGUCCUGACUACUGCCUGCUGCUGCUGUUUGACAACAAAAACACCAUUCCGUUUCCCUGGGCUAGAGGCUCUGUUGAAUGCAAUGCAACCCAAGUGGAAAAGAAAACAAUGUACAAGAAAUAUUUGUUUGUUUUUUGGAUUUUUUUCCUGCUCUAUCAAGUAAUAAUAAAACUAAUUUUAACCCUCUCUCAU